GUUUCAUAUGUUAAAAACACGUGUCUGUUCAAAAUGGAACACAUACUACAAAGACAUGAGAACAGUCAAUUUAUGGAAACUUUGACGAAUGCUAUUGAAAACAACCACGUCGACAAUUUUAAAAAACUUGUUUUACAUUUAUCCAGAAACUUUUUUCUUGUACAAGGUAACAACCACCGCAUCACUCUAUAUAUGGAGUCGAUGAAGAAAAAACGGAAAGAAAUAUUUGAUUUUUUGCUCACAUUUCAUCCCAAAGACGAUGCAGGAACUAUUGCUGCCUUAGAUUCCGUGUUGAGUGGUCAGAACUCUGUGCCUAAGUACUACGUUGAUAAAUUAUUAAAAAAAUAUUCUUCUGUUACGAGUGAUGAAAAUCUGUUAGUCAUAGCUGUUAGAGGGACAAAUUGUCAAGCCGCAAAGUUUUUGCUGAACAAAGGACUUGAUCCUAAUGCAGAAAAAUUGGGUUACACUCCACUUCACACGGCGCUAGUGAGAAAUCCGGACACUAAUAGUGAAGAAUUAAUUACCACUUUAUUGUGCAAUGGUGCUGACGCUUUGGGGGAACUUCAUGACGGAUACAAUUGCUUUGAGCUAGCGGUGAUAUAUAAACACACAAAUUUUGUCCAAGAAAUGUCGUUUGAUUUUGCAUUUGAUUAUCCAUAUCACUCACACUAUAAACUGAAUAUUAGUGUGCUAUUACAACUGGCCAAAUUAAAAUCGCCACUUUUUCAUCAAUUAAGGAAAUAUGAUGUUGAAUUUUUCCCACAUGAAAACAAACUUAUGCACUUUUCAGAAAAUCUUAGAGACUUGCUUCAACUGGAAUUUGACUAUUUUGAAAUAAUUUUUGAAGAGUAUAAUGACAUAUGUUGUCAUAUUUUUGAGACUUACCUGCUUGAUUAUUCCAAGGCUGACCCCAAGUCUCGUGGAUAUUUCUUCUUAAGGCCCCUACCUGAUAUUGAAAUGUGCUUCGGUGGAGAUAAAAUUUUAAAGAAGUUUGACUUACUCCUCCACGGUUCCACAACUUUGAAUAAAUGUGUUAUCGAAUUUAUUCACAUGUUGAACAGUAAAACAGGAUUUCAUUACAUCUCUAAAUGCACCGAUGAAGCGAAUGUUACAGAAUUUUUUGCUUAUUUACUCCCUUGGGGUUUAAGAGUUGGGUCACAGCUUUUUGACGAUGUAUUUCAAGAAUAUGGAUACUGCGAACUAUUCAAGCUUCUUUUGUUCCUGGAUUAUGAACGUAAGGACUAUGGAGUAAUUCAUCCGAGCGCAUUGGUAUUUUAUAUUUGUGAGGUUAAUUCGACCUUACAUACACUUUCUCUAAGAGAAUACACGGUGGAUUCUGUAUUUGAACUAAUGAAUUAUUUUGUCCAUUCUAAAUUGGAUGAAUAUCGUGCCCGCGAAGUGUCGAGCAAAAAAUUGGCAAAAAAAGGAAAUUAUCCACAUAUACCAAGUUUAGUCGAGCUUGCUCGAAAUACAUUUAGAGAGUAUUUUGUGACUAAACUUGACAUAAGAAGCACGCAACGGUUCUAUACCUUGCUUAACAGCCUUCCGAUCUCUGUUGACCAUAAGAAAAUUAUUAGCCUUGAAACCAAGUUAUAUGAUAAUUAUUAAACUUAAAAUAAAAGAUACGAUUUA